AUGGAUCUAUUCGAUCUGUGGUCUGUGCCGAUCAGCAGCUUGGUCAACGUCGUACACCAACGUCCCGACCAACAACCCGGUGAAUACGUGAAUCAACUCAAGCAACACUUUCCGGAGGUUUUCCGAAGCACGCUGGGUAGGUGCCGUAAAGCGCAAGUGAAGCUGUACCUGAAGCCUGAUGCACGUCCGUCCUAUUGCCCGAAGCGACCCGUAGCGUCGAGGACGAGAAGGAAUCGCGGAAGGUACUCACGGUCAACACCCGCCGUGGCCUAUUCCAGUACAACCGAUUACCCCCUGGAGUCAAGUCGGCACACGGCGCUUUCCAGCGCAUCAUCGACAGCAUGGUGGCCGACACCCUUUGAAGUCAAGCCGUAUCUGAACGACAACCUUAUCGUUGGUCGGACCAAGGAGGAACACGGUCGCAAUCUCUACGCCGUUCUCAGGUGUAUACGUGAGUAUGGUUUCCAUUUACGUCUCGAAAAGUGUCGUUUCGCACUCUCCCAGAUCGAGUUCCUCGGACAUAUCGUGGACAAAGAUGGCAUCCACCCGAACCCUUCCAAAACCGAUGCCAUUUCCAAGAUGCAACCUCCGAAAGACGUUCAGCAGCUUCGUUCCUUCCUGUGA